AUGCAUUGUACUCCAUUACAUGCUGCUGCGAAAGCUGGACAAAUUGAAAUGGUUAAUAUGCUCAUUGAAAUGGGGGCUGAUAAAUAUAUUCGUGACGCUCAUGGAAUGCUUUAUAGUACUUAUUUAGAUAAACAUUUUAAACAAUAUAAAAAUGACCCGAUGAAAUAUUCAAAAACAGUGAAGCAGUCAAAUUGUCCGAGUGAAGAAGACGAUUCAAUAAGUCAAAGCAGCAAUCGUUCUCAGAUCUCAAUUAAUUCUCGACAUAAUUAUACCUUUCAAUCGUUCAGGAAGCCUAUUGGUAGAGCUAAAAUGGGCAUUGUUGAGAAUUUACCUUUACAAAUAACUGCUGGAGCUAAACGCCCUUCUUUUGCAUUUUUAUCAGUUACUGAAAGAUGGCCAAAAAUUAUUGUUGGGAUUGUUGAUAGAUUACACCGUUAUUAUAAUAAAGCAAUAGAAGAAGGUGGUCAGGUUUUAGUUUUAAAAUUUUAUUCUUAA